GUUUAUCCAACACUAAAUUUCUUGACACGGGAGAGAAAUAAGCACCAUCUUCUUCUUCACAACAUGCCUUGGAAUAACGAGUUCGGUGAUGAUACAGAAGGUGGCAAAAAAACAGAAAGUUCUGAUGAGGAUUCACCACCUGAAACUACUGUUCAAAUAAUCCAGAAGAUAAUAGCAGAGAUGAUAGGGACAUUUUUCUUGAUUUUUAUGGGUUGUGGAUCUGUCGUGGUCAAUCAGAUGUAUGGUUCUGUAACAUUUCCAGGAGUUUGUGUGGUAUGGGGUCUAAUUGUGAUGGUGAUGGUUUACUCUGUUGGUCAUAUCUCUGGUGCACAUUUCAAUCCAGCAGUCACUGUUACUUUUGCCAUCUUUAGACAUUUUCCUUACAAACAGGUACCUCUAUACAUUGCGGCACAAUUACUUGGAUCACUCCUUGCUAGCGGCACCUUAAGCCUUCUUUUUAGCGUGACAGACGAGGCUUACUUUGGGACAAUACCAGUUGGACCCGACAUCCGUUCUUUUGUUACUGAAAUAAUCAUAUCGUUCCUUUUAAUGUUUGUUAUCUCUGGUGUUGCCACUGACAAUAGAGCGAUUGGAGAAUUAGCAGGAAUUGCAGUUGGAAUGACAAUUAUGUUGAACGUUUUCGUUGCUGGGCCUGUAUCUGGGGCAUCCAUGAAUCCUGCUAGGAGCUUGGGGCCUGCAAUAGUGAUGCGUCAAUUCAAGGGUAUCUGGGUUUACAUUGUUGGCCCCCCCAUUGGUACCAUCCUAGGAGCGCUCUGCUACAAUAUAAUUAGGUUCACUGAUAAACCUCUCAGGGAAAUAACCAAGACGGCUUCAUUUCUAAAAUCUAAGAAUUGAUUGUCGCCAUCCCCACUUUCUUUUUAGCCCGGCUCAUCCUACAAAUUUGUGAUGCAGCUUCUACUUGUACUAUCAGUGAUAAGACCAGUACAAAGUAAGUAGAUCUGUACUGGAUAAAUAGAGAGAAAAAAAUAAGAAGAAGAAGCAUAUAUUAGAGAAAUAUGAAUUGUCGGGAAACAUAAAUCCUGGUAUAGGAAUUUGUUUAGGCAUUAGGCCAUGUGGAUGUAAUUUCAAUCCUCCAAUAUAUUGCAGGUGAUUCUAUCCAAGCUUCAAUUAUACACUCUUUGUUUUUAUA